AUGCUCGGCUCUUCCAUGUCAACGGUCAUCUUGUGUUUGCUUAUUGCGUCUUACAUUUCUGCUGAAAACGAGAGGACUGAUUCUUUAGAGCACGAGCAAAAGAAAAAUGGUACACAGGAGAAGCGGCAAAAUAUAAGUAAGUAUAUACAGGACUGGUAGGUCCCCAACUCAAAUAAGCCCCCUCCCUCUAAUGACCCCCCUCUUCAGCGGAAGAAAGUUAAUAAGCCCCCCUCCCUUCCCCCUUAUUAUUCUUCACUAAUAAAUGAUAGACUAUAUUAAUCAAUCACGUCGACUGUAAAACUUUGUUUGGACUGAUCCGGGAUAGUUUAUUCACUAACUGGAAGUUCGGAUUUGUUUUUGAUCCUCGGCUGUAUGACCUCCAACGUCUCGUACUUGGGCUUUUCCACUUUGUAUUCUAGUUAUUUAAUGGAAAACGGAUACCAUCGUCUUUGCUAAAUUAAAAAAGCCCCCCCUCUCAAAUAAGCCUCCCGUCUCUAUUAAGCACCCGCCCCCCCACGACUCAAAUGUGUUUGAAAUAAAUAUGCCUCCCGGGUUGCUUGAUAGAGGAUUUAUGGUGUCAGGGGCACCCAACGACGUUUUCCUCUUACAUUACCGAACUUUUUUUAAGCUAUCCAGAGUAUUUUUGGCGGUAUGAGAAUUUGUACUUGUUCGGUCAUCCUAGGGCUACGCGAGUCUUUUCAAAAUCACAAGGGCUUCAGGGUUAUUUUACUAGAAAUAUUUAGCCGCCUUCAAGCUAUAGAAAAUUCUAGACAAUUUUGGCAUAUUUUAUAUAAAAUAUAUUUUUACAGAAAACAAUCGUUCGAUAACCCUCGUAUAUUGAUCAACAAUUCUACUUAUUUGGCAUUUAUCGAGUGCUAGUUAAACAUACAUUAUGCGUACGUUGGUUCAAAUUCGAAAGAUAUAUAUACUGUAUAUUAUAACAAUACUUUUUUUACUAAUGCCACUGGACAAAAGGAAACAGGACACACUUUAAAAAAAUUAUCAUCCCAUCGAAAAAAGUCAAAAUCUUAUCUGGUUUGAGUGAAGUAUGUAUUUGAAGUGCCAUUUGAUAAAAGCAAAUACUUUUUUAAUUAUUUCUAAUAAGCUUUAUUAUUCUUAUUGUCGUAUUAUUAUCUUUUUAAAGGUUCCUAUGAGUCCCAUUUCAUCAUUUGGCCCAGUUUAAAGAAGGGCAUCUUAGUGUAUAAAAUUCUAGACGUAAACGUUGAAAAGUUGAAUUAUUGGUGAUAACAUUGCCGCCAUUUUUAAAAAAUAUUUAUUACAGAAACUGAGUUUUGAUUUCAUGAACGCGGAACAGUUUCAACAAGAGACGAAAUUAAUGAUGAUGAUAGUGAUGAUGAUAUUGCUGUCAUUGCAAACGAUUACAUCUUAAUCUGAAAAUUAAAACUGGCCAUGAGAAAAGCUCUGGAAAACAUUGCUUUUGUUUAUUAUUGUAAUAGAGUCUAUACCAUUAAUCUGACUUUCAUUUAUGCUGACUAAACGUAUGGCUUUCUUUAAUGUUUGGUAUAGUUUAUAGUGCCCCUAGUGCUGUCCAACAGUAUGGUCCAGAUGGCUUAUCUUGCUGUCCGGCCAACACCUUCUGUCCAGGUAUGGUGACUCCACUACAUUUUGGUAGUUUGUAGAGGAGACCGGUAAUUAAAGGCGGCACGCAUCAAAGAUAAAAAAGGGCUCAGUUUAUGUUGCAAGCUCCCUGACGGUGCAAAGGCCUUUGUUUUUUGUUCGCAAAAUGGGACUCAAUAAAUUAUUAAUGCCACGUUUUUUGGAUAAUAAGUAUCAAAAUCAUAGGAAUGCUAUUGAACGUUGUGCAAUGUCAAGUCCACAAAAACGUUUAACAAAGGAGUCUGAGAGGCUUUAUAACCAUUCCACUCUGUUAACUAUGCCUUAUGUGCGAGCAAGUCUCGAAAACGAAUGGGUUGGACAUGGGUUUUUGUACAAAAUCACAGAUCCGAAAUACAUAAAUUAAACCGUGUACCGGUGCUUCAACCUUAAGACAUCUCUGAGCCACUGAAGAAAUAAUGAGUAGACGUUAAAAGCUACCAAAAGGGUUAUGUAUCCCGCCGCACCUUACGUAGAUGUACGUCAGAGUACGUGACAACAUGCAGCGGACAAAAAGAACACAAUACCUAUCCACAUACCUAUCAAGUAGGUCUCAGUGGCCCUCUACAACUAAUAAAUAAGUAAACUAAUUAAUUAAUUAACUAAAAGGGCUUAAUCCUACUUUCCUCGAUUGUUUAUUUAAGAGCAAAUACAUAUUAUCUUCAUAGGCCCUUAUCUGAGUCUCGGCUAGAGGGUACUCCCAUAAAUUUGGGAUAGGUGUGACCCUGACCCUGUUGAAGGAUGAGACAAAUGAAACUUUUAUAUUUUUUAUUUAGUGUCCAAACCGAAAGAUUGACUCCCUAUUCAAGGGGAAAACAAAAACUAAGAAUUUAAAGGCAACACAGAAACAUUCCUUAAAUCAUUUUCUUACUCUUCAAAGGGAUAGUUCAGUUUUAACAGAUGUUUUGUUUAUCAUCUAGAUGAGCGUUUAAGCGCUUGAAUGUUAACUGAUACUACUGAGGUACCCAAACUAAGAAUCACAUCAGGAACACAAUGCAAACAAGGGCUAAAAUGAUACCCGGCACUUUAUCGCGCUAUUUAAGAGUCGAAAUCCUCAAAAGCCAUUACCCUAUCGGGCGGCACAUACCUAUCUAGCCCAUAUAUGGGAGUGCUUUCCCCGGGAUCUGAGUCGGGCCAAAAUAGAUGGCAGGUAGCUAUAUUUAAUUAGAGUAACAUACAGAGAUGACCCUUGAGUUGUGAAUACCUCAUAGAGUUGUUCCCAUCUGAUGUUCAAGAAAGCUUUUGGUGUUGUUUUUGCAGACAAGCCACCAUGCCCUUCAAAUUUUAUGAUGUCAGACGCACCAAGUGCACCACUAGAUCCCGGACUGUCAUUCAACAUGGUGCCAGGUAACGCUCAGCUGCCCACCGCCCCGCCACAAACCGCGUCCGUUCUGUCUGCUCCCUAUCAGGACAAUGCACCAACGCCCACGCCUACGAAAGCAAAGAUUUUGUUGCAUAAUGAUCACCCCGAAGAGCCUACAAAAAGUUCGGGUUCCCAGCCAAACAGAGAUCAACUCUAUCACAUAAAAGGCUAUCGUAAGUAAAUCGUUAUUUUGUUAAGUUCAUAUUUAGUAAAUGAUGUAUUCAUGCAAAAAUUAACAUCAAGCAGUGACGUUGCCCGGAAGAUACUUAAAUGCGCUGCCGACGAGAUAAUGCAUUUAUAGGCCAUUUCCAAAUAACAAAACUAAAAGCUUUUUUCUUCUUGAGAAAACUCUGGUUUCAAUUUACUCAUAUAGACUUGAAUUUUUAUUCACGCUCAAAUUAAACUGAAUGAAUGGUUGCACAUACCAGGCUAGGGCUCUCCUUGAUCAGUAGACUUGCAGCAACUCGGAAUAGCCUGGCUUUAAUAUUUGCUUUCCCUCUGUUUGCGAUUCCAGUGAUACUUAAACAGACUCGAUAGACUCUUCCCUUAUUUAUCUUUUAAAAUAUUAUCCUACUGCAAUAUAUCAAGGAUUUGGAGUUUGUUUUGCAAACCUCCCGUAAAAGACGUUCAUUUCAAGUAAAAAAUAGAGCAUACUGAGACCCUGCUAAACAACCCAAAAUUACACAUAGGGACAACUAAGUCGUUACCAUUUUCCUUGAAGUAUUUGUGAUACUUUGCUUGACUAAGUUGAGACUCAUCCUAUCCCCGCCAGGUUUCCAAAGUCUCGGAUGCUGGAAAGAUACGUGGGAUCGAGCAAUUCCUCUAAUGGAGCACAAGCACCCCUUACUUUAUGAAGACGACUAUAAAACUAGAACAAACGCCCUGAUGAAAUGUGCUGAAGUAGCGUUGGACAAUAACUUCACUAUAUUUUCCGUUCAGAACGGCGGGCAAUGUUUUUCUGGGAAAGAUGCCGAGCAGUCUUAUAUGGAAUACGGUGUCAGCAAAUCCUGCAAAGGUUCGGAUUCUUACUGUUUUAGUACCAGCAACCCUAAUAAAUUGCGUCAACAAAAUUUAGGGAGUUUCCUUAUAGUUGAUUGUAUCGAUUGUAUACUUUUAUUUAAUUUGAUCAUCACGGUAAAUCAGUAUCUUUACGCUAUGCAUGUAGUUCUUUGGUCUUUUUCUUAGGUCUAGUUUGGAAAAAAAAGGCACAGUGGUAAAGGGUUUUUUUCAUGAUGUGUAAAACAACGGGUUACGCGACGUUUUCGCUCAAUUGUAGAUAAAGAAUGGCGAUAAUGAAAUCUGACCUCUAUUUACCAAAUUAAUUUAAUUAAACAUGUUUAAAACAUUGUACAUGCGUGUUUUGUCCUUUAGCUGAUGGCGAAGGAGGACCUUGGGGAAACGAAGUCUACAAGUAAGUAACACAAAUUAUAAAACCUUGUGCUAAUAGUUUACUUGUGAAUAGUAUUUCUCCUCUAUAAAGGUGGUUUCUUGAUACAGAAAUUAAAAGUCAGGUUCGUUGAUAAGUCUUGCAGACCUCGUAAAUUGUAAAACAAUCUUGACUUCUUUUUUCUAACGUCUCCAAAAAGGUUCCAAAGUAACACGUCAGGCCCUGUUAAGUCGCUCCAAAUUGACGAAGGGACUUCAAAGGAAAGCAUUGCUCAGACUACACCACAACCAAUAAAACCCACGAUGCCACCAACAUCGCGACCAAGUACAGGGCUUUCAACCGAUGAGGUCGUCGCAAACGAGACGGAAAGUGCCACGCCUUGGGAACAACAUCCCGAGAAAGAAUCGAUCGAGUCAGAGGGAAGAAGGCCCGAUACGAAACCUUUUAAAGAUGGCGAGGAGGCCUUCGAAAAUGAGUCGGAAAGCAGCAAGAACUGGGCAAAACACUCCGAAAAGGAAUCGAUCGAGGAGGAGGGAAGGAGGCCAGAUAUGAAGCCAUUCAAGGAUGAAGUGGAAAAAGACGCGGUUGUAGCAGAGAAUAGGGCGGAUAGAAUUGCACUGUUGAGCGAAGCCUCUGACGGAAAGGAAAAUGAUAUUUCAGAGGAAGUUUCUGAUGAUGACAGCAUCGACGCUGCCAGCAAGGAGGUUCCUUAUCAGUCGGAAGUUCUUAACGCGAGCCCGCUGAAACCAAGGCCGAGACUUGUGACACCAUUUAGAGGAAGAUGUCCUGUUUGCCGUGAGUAUUUCUAA